CUUACGGUACAAACUGCGCCACAGCUUCAUAACAGGAGGUUAAAAAUAAUCGUAUUGUUUUGCAUGGAGGACCUCGUAUGAAAAAGAUUCUCGCAGUUUUAUUCUCGGAAAAAGUACACAGAAGGUCCCUCAACUUGUCAUCGGGGUAAAAACAUUCUCGAACCGUAAAACCAGAUAUACGGGAUCCCUUAAAACCGAUCACAACAGUUCCCUCGGCGGUUUUUUCUCGGUUUUAUCCUACGUGGGUACUGAGUCAGUGUGGGAUCCACGCGGGCCCCAUAUGUCAGCCUGUCCAAGUCAGCCUUAUCUUUCUUUCCCCUCUUCUCUCUCUCACUCUUCUUCUCUCUGGGGCUCCAGGCAGGACGGCGGCACUGCCCGACGGGUGGGGAGGAAGGCGGCGUCGGCAGCGGCAGCUUCCUCUCCGUGCUCGCCGACGAGGAGGAGCAAGGUGGUGGCGGCGCCGGGGGGGGGGGGGGAGCAAGGCGGUGGCGUCAGCCUCCUCUCCGUGCUCGCUGACAAGGAGGAGCGGUGGGCGACCCAGCGUCGCGGCGAUGCCGCCGCCGCCGACGGCGGUCCUCCUGGACAACGUCCUCGCCACCUCGCUGACGGAGAUCUGGAUCAAGACCGGGAUGGCGACGAGCACCCUCACCAAGCACCUGCGAGGCUUACCGUUCUUGCUCGCCCGCCGCCGUCCUCGCCGUGUCGUUUCCCCAACCGCCGCGCCGCUUCGCUGUCUUCACCGUGCCGCUCCUUUCCUUCCAUUUCAUCUCCACCAGCGAGUAGAUCUCCACGCCGGUGAGGUUGGAGGCGCGCGGUGUCAUGGCGUUGGGUGCGUCGUACGCCCGGGACACGCCGGAGCACGCCGCGCCGCCGCCAGUGGUGGAGGCCGACGCGGAGCAGCGGAUGACGACGUGGACUCAGCUGUCGUGCCCCACCUCGGCGUCGGGCUGCAGCGCCUCCCUCCAGCGGAACGUGGCGAUGCUGGCGUCGACGUCCGGCGGGAACUGCUCGGAGAUGAUGGUCGUCACCUGCCCGCUCCGCCGACCCACCUGCUCCUGCGUGGUCACCACCGCCGCUGCAUCGCCGGUCGCCGGCCACCGCCGCCGAUCCUCCUCUCCCGCCUCGCCCCGUCGACUUCCUCCCCAACACGCUGGCCAGCCUGCCCAGGAGAAAAUGGAGAGAAGAGGAAGGGACAGAUGACGUGGCAUCCUGACAUGUGGGGCCCAUGUGGGUCCCACGCUGACUCGGCCACCACGCCAAACAAAACCGGGGUCAAAACCACGAGGGACCUAAAGCGAACGGUUUUGAUAUUUAAGGGACGCCCGGUAUCUAUUGGGUUGACGAUUUUGUAUCUCGAUGACAAUUUGAGGGACCCUGGGUGUACUUUUUUCUUUAUUCUCCGAACCC